AAGAAGCCAUAGUCCUCAGGUUGGGGAGAGGAUGUCUAGUAACUUGUGGUUUGGACAAUGUUCAUGUUUUGUGUUCUUUUUCCAAGAACUUUUCAAAGUACAAUUCUGUGUUCAUUGCGUUUGCGAGAAAGGGCAGGCAUCCUCACGCAUCUCGUUCCCUAUGUAGCCCUAGCUUUGAGCAGUGGGGGACACACAGCAGGUGCUCGACAGGCACGUGUGGAGGGGCGAACUGCAUUGCCCCAAAUCCCAGCGUUGGGGAGAGAGCGAGGCCAAGUGAAGGAGCAAAGCACCAGCACCUAGGACCCUCAGAAAAAGCGCCACAAGACCCGUACCAUCCACCACCCCAGCCGGAUGCCCGCCCUCGCGCGUGCGCCGGCAGCAGCCCAGAUCCAGGCGUUUGGCUGAUUGGCUGCGACGGCUCCUCGAAGCGGCGUUGCGCGUGCGCGCUUUCCUCGCGCGGGCUCGACUGGUGUGUAGCUCUUCGUUAUUCCCCGCCGCCGCAGCCCCAGCUCCUGGUCCGGGACGCCUCAUCCUCAGAGCUCGGAAUGUUCCCUGAACUCAAUAACCUUCUCAACACCACUCCUGACAGGGCGGAGCAGGGGAAACUGACUCUACUCUGUGAUGCCAACACAGAUGGCAGCUUCCUUGUGCAUCACUUUCUCUCCUUCUACCUCAAAGCUAAUUGUAAAGUCUGCUUUGUGGCACUGAUCCAGUCCUUCAGUCACUACAAUAUCGUGGGACAGAAGUUGGGUGUCAGCCUGACUGUGGCACGGGAGUGCGGGCAGCUUGUGUUCCUAGAAGGUCUUAAGUCUUCGGUGGAUGUUUUCUUCCGGGCUCAGGCUGAGCCACACCCCUUGCAGUUCCUCAGGGAGGCCAAUGCUGAGAACCUGCAGCCACUGUACGAGUUUGUGCGGGAGGCUCUGAAGCCCGUGGAUGAUGGAGAGGCUGCGUGGAGGUGCCCAGUGCUGCUGGUGGACGACCUCAGUGUGCUGCUGAGCCUGGGCAUGGGUGCGGUGGCUGUAUUGGACUUCAUCCACUACUGCAGGGCCACCGUGUGCUGGGAACGAAAGGGAAACAUAGUAGCCCUGGUGCACGACAGUGGAGACACCGAGGACGAGGAGAACAACAUCCUUUUGAACGGCCUUAGCCACCAGAGCCACCUGAUCCUGCGGGCUGAGGGGCUGCCCACUGGCUUCUGCAGGGACGUGCAUGGGCAGCUGAGGAUCCUCUGGAGGACGCCAUCACAGCCCACAACCCAGCGGGAUCGGAGCCUCACUUACCAGUACAAGAUACAGGACAAGAGCGUGUCCUUUUUUGCCAAAGGAAUGUCUCCUGCUGUUCUGUGACCUGAUUGAGGGGCAAAUGUAGCUACCUUGGACUGUUUUCAGAUGUGAAAGAUGAAACAACGAGUGGGAAUGGAUCUGCACACCUUUGAAGUGGUAUUUCAGCCUGGAUUGCCACCACUGUGACCCGGCGCCGUGGAAUGGCUCUGUGACAGUAUGCCUUUGUUGCCCAGGGCCCUAUUCCGAAAACACAUAAGGAAUUGCAACCCGGCCUCUGCUGAGAGAGAUGCCACAUAUUGAAACCAGGUGAAAGUCAUCCCAGGAGCCUUUCAUUAAAUACACUUUAGCCUCAACUGCCCAUUUUUGGCUUUUGAGCCUUUCAGAGCCAGAGAAGGUAUAACUGUGCCAGCCAGAGGACAGUCCUGGGUGUCAGGCAUAUGAGGUGACAACUUGGGUAAUUAUGGCUGUGGUAAGGCGAGUCCUACAUCAUGGCUUCCUCACGAUGGAUUGUCUCAUUUAAUUUUCACCUUCAUCCAGCAAAGGUAUUUUUCCUUCAGUCCAGUAAGAAAACCGGCUUAAAGAGGUUUGGAAACACGCUCACGGUUGUAGAGCAGGCUGUAGAUAGUGGAGCCUAACUCUGAAGUCCACACUUGCUGACUGACCCUCAAGGAAACCAGGGGCAGGCUCCCUACCCGGUUCACAGCCUCCUGGUUGUGUGGUCCCUGACCCAGGUGUCAUGAAACCGCGGCCUUGGUCACAUGAGGCUUCAUGGCCUUGGUGACAGGGGUAAGGAGUGUUCUUGCCACCAGGUGGGAUAGGGCCUUGGCAAGUUGCUGCCUCCCUUACCUGUAAAGACUGAAGAGGUGAGCACUUGCCCCAGCGUCCCAUAGAUGCCAACUUACCACACUCUGCCCGUCGGUCAAGAUCACCUCAGUAGACACCGGGGGUAUUCCCUUAAACUGGGUACAUUUUGUUGUACCACAAUGAAUUAUUUUUAAAAUUAAAAGUAAAUAAAAUGAAAAAAAUAACACUGCAGGGACUAAGGAAAUUUCAUACCUGUUGUUUAAUUGUAACUUUUCCACAUUUUGUAGUCUUCAUAAGAGGAAACAAUUUAUCACUCCUCCCCUCAAAUCAUAGAAAAAGAAAACUUAAAAAACUAAAAAAAACAGGAAUGCCUGGGUGGCUCAGUCAGUUAAGCGUCCGACUGCAGCUCGGUCAUAAUCUCAUGGUUUGGGAGUUCAAGCCCUGCAACAAGGCUCCUUGCUGACAGUGCAGUGCUUGCUUGGGAUUCUCUCUUUCCCUCUCUCUCUGCUCCUUCCCCACUUGCACUUUCUCUCUCUCUCUCUCUCUCUCUCUCUCUCUCUCAAAAUAAAUAAACAAACAAACAAACAAAAAAUAAAGCAGGGAAGGGGCCUAGGAAAGUGAGGGAUAAUGAAAUUUUAGUUUUUUCCCUGUAGAGGAAUUUCUGAAUUAAAGCCUGGAUUGGCCCUCACGUGGUAUCAAGAUUGUUCUUUGGAAUGAUGGAGCCAGUUAACAGUGACCUCUACGUUUUCCUCCACCAAUGUUGGAUUUAACUUAAUUUUUACUAACUUAAUAGUUGUGUAAAGUUUGUAAAAAUGAAUAUCUCUUGAAUGGCUAGGAUAUAAUUUUCUUUGUAUUUUCCCAUGUGUUGAGAAUGUAUUCCUCACUUUUAAUGACUUAUCAAUUAGAAUGUGGUGUCAACUUUGUUUUCUCAGUUCUUUGUAAUAUUUUGGAAAGGAUUUUAUCAUUGCCUGUGUUCAUGUAUAUUUUUUUCUAUAUUUGGGUUUUUAAAAAUACUUUAUCUUGGGGCACCUGGGUGGCUCAGUUGGCUAAGCAUCCGACUUCUGCUCAGGUCAUGAUCUCUCGGUUUGUGAGUUUGAGCUCCGCAUCAGGCUCUGUGCUGACAGCUGAGAGUCUGGAGCCUGCUUCGGAUUGUCUCCCUCUCUCUCUCUGCCCCUCUUCUAUUCUCUCUCUCUCUUUCUCUCUCUCUCUCUCUCUCCCAUUUCAAAAAUAAACGUUAAAAAAAAAAGUUUUGGGGCGCCUGAGUGGCUCAGUCGGUUAGGCGUCUGACUUCAGCUCAGGUCAUGAUCUCACAGUUCGUGAGUUUGGGCUCUGGGCUGACAGCUGGGAGCCUGGAGCCCACUUCGGAUUCUGUGUCUCCCUCUGUCUGCCCCUCCACUGCUUGCACUCUGUCUCUUGCAUUGUUUCAAAAAUAAAUAAACAUUAAAAAAAUUUAAAAAGUUUUGUUUUCUAUGCAGAUAUGCAUUAAUUCAUGAAGUUUUUGUGGAGUUCCUGUUUUAUAUGAGGGACUCAAGAUAAAGACGGUCCUCAAGUCACCUGCUGUGCUGUGAUGGGGGCUAGGGAACAGGCAUUGACAUAAAUAACGUGCAGCUGUGGAGAAGAUGAUGCAGGCCACAGAAGCAACUCAAGUAGUGAGUGGGGACAGAUUGGUGGUCACAGGAAGGAGUAAUUAUUUCCCCAUCACGUUUUUGUUUUUGUUUUGUUGUUAAGGGAGCAGAAAACUGGGGAAGAAUUUAUGGAGACAGUACUAUUUGAACAAGACGUUGGAAUGUUCCUAUUUUGUCACUGAUGUUACCUUUGUUCUUCAGGACUCAGGAAUAUAUUUUUCUUCCUGAAUGGAAUGAAGGUGCUGUUCUUUGUUGUUGUUUCUGGUUUAAAAUAAUUUAAGAAAAUUAACUUCUUUAGAAUUUGCUACAGUACUGUAAUUUGUCUACCUGCUGAUAACUAAAUAGUCCGACAGCAUUUAUAGUAUUUACUGAAAAGUAGUGAUCCUCUUUAUGUAGUUUGGCUUUAUUUAUACAUAAAGUUCUUAAAACUGAGCUUUUCUGAAAUUUAUCCUUUUUUUAUUUUUUACUUAAAAUUUUUUUAAUGUUUAUUUAUUUUUGAGAGAGAGAGAGAGUGAGUUGGGGAGGGGCAACGAUAGAGGGAGACACAGAACCUGAAGCAGGUUCCAGUCUCUGAGCCCAGCGUGGGGCUCAAACCCAUGAACCGCGAGAUCAUGACCCGAGACAAAUUCUGAUGCUUAACUGACUGAGGCACCCAGGCGCCCCGAAAUUUAUCUUGUUUUUUAAUGUUUGCUUAUUUUUGAGAGAGAGUGCAUGUGCAUGCACAGGCACACACGUGAAGGGGGGGAGGGGCAAAGAGGAUCUGAAGUACAGAGCCUGAUGUGGGGCUCAUAUUCACGGACUGUGAAAUCAUGACCUGAGCCAAGUUGGCGCUUAACCAACUGAGCCACCCAGAUGCCCCUGAAAUUUGUCUUUAAUUGAUACUGAAAGUUUAGUAUAUGUCUGCUCUCAAGAGCCUUUAUUAAAAGGAUAUCGUGCCCUCUUGUUUAUCCAGAUGAAUUUUACCAGCACUUCAUUCAAGCUCUAGACAGUAU